ACGUCAUUCGUGGUGUUUUGUAAACAAGCAGCUGCAUUUGUUUUGGUGCGAAUUUUUGUGAUAAAAUUCGAUUUCGCAAUUUGCGCAUAGAAUCCUGCUUUUGUCAACCCGUGAGGAAAGAAUUCAACCGGUAGAAACCGAAAAUGAUUGCCGGUGGUCAUGGUGAUCCCAAUCCGAACAGCUCCUGGAUGGAUUCGCGCGGCCUUUGGCUAGCCUACGUGCUCGGAAUCAUCAUCUACCACAUUGUACUGCUGGCGGUCCCGUUCAUCGAUAUCCCUUACGCGUGGACCAUCACCAAUAUAACGCACAAUUUGGCACACCUGUAUUUCCUCCAUUCCAUCAAGGGCACUCCUUGGAUGAGCACCGACACUGGAGAUGCAAGGAAGUUCACCCACUGGGAACAGAUCAAUUACGGGGAACAGUUUACCGCGACCAGGAAAUUUCUAACAGCUGCACCGACCAUUUUAUUUUUGCUCACCUGUAUGUACACCAGGAAUGACGUUGAUCACUUUAUUGCAAAUUUCAUCUCACUACUGGUGGUUCUUAUUCCGAAACUCCCGCAAUUCCAUGGGGUGCGGCUGUUCGGAAUCAACAAAUACUGAACAAGAUGAAUGUUUCAUUCGUAUGAACGUCAGGGUAAAUGAUGUGAUGUAAAAAAUAACUUUGAAACUCCUUGAGAAACUCAGGGAUGGAUGAGUCGAUCCCAAAUAACUAACUAAAACAUAAAAUAUCCGAAUGGAAAAAAGCGAGUGCGUGAAGAUUAUGCCGACUGUUUUAUUUAUAAGAUACAUGAAGGGUUAUCGUCCAUUCUUGAACAGGAAAAUCACAAAGCCAGCUAAAAGCACGAUUGAUGUGAUUAGAAGAGUUCGCGCUCAUCGUUUUAUUCUAUAUAAAUAUACUGAGUUUGAGGUUUGAAAGUUUUUACAGAAAGUAACUGCAGGAAAAAGACUUGAAAAAACAGUAACAGGAUAACAUUAUUGCUGUAGUGUGAAUAAAAUAUUUAACUUAA